AUGAAGUUUUUAACACUAACGAAUGCAUUCGUGACGCUCAUAUGGACGAUGGCAUCCAUAGUCAUGGCCGAUAAAGCACCAAGAAUCAAAAAGAACCCCAGUAAUAUAGUAGCCAUUGCCGACUUUCCCUUUGGUGGAAACAAGGACAUUAAAGGUAAUGUAGUCUUUACGGCAUCACAAGGUAAUUACGUCAAUGUCCACAUCGAUAUGACGGGUUUCCCCAAGGACUGUGGUCCCUUCUACUACCACAUCCACGAAAGAUCCGUUCCUGAAAAUGGCAAUUGUGACGCUUGCGGUUUACAUUUCAACCCUUAUGAUGCUAGUUUCGAUUGUGCUAAUCAAAAAUCUGACUCCUAUUGCCAAGUCGGUGACUUAUCUGGUAAGCAUGGCUUGAUCAAUACCACAUGUUUUGACGACAAAUACUGCGACGAAUACCUUAGCUUGAACAAGAGAUCCAAGAGCUAUAUAGUUGGCAAGAGCUUGGUUUUCCAUUAUCCCAAUAUGACGAAAUUGGCCUGUGCUGAUAUCGAAUGCGCUACCGACAUUAGAAUCCAGAGCUUGAUUGAAGACUACGUGCAAAGCGAUGAUGCUUUGCAAAUCAAGGAAUUGAACCAAUUGUCCACUUCGGAUGAAAACUACAGUUUCGACGAGUUGGACGCAUUGCUGAAUGAGGUUUAUGAGAGUGAUGAACUCGAGGACGUCACCGUUGAAGCUGAAGAAGCCGACGCUGAAGCUGAAGCUGGACCUGGUCCAGAACAUGGUGGUGCAGGUGGUGCUGCUGCUGCUCAACAAGACAGCAGAGACGAAGAAGGUAAGAGAGAAGAUGAAUUUAGAACAGAGCCGCUUUAUGAACCACCGGCACUCGCACCAGCUCAUGAGCCCAGUGACAAGGCCAACAAGGGUUUAAAACACUUGAUCCAGGAUGUCAAAAUACUUCCGCUGAAAUUGGUAAACAAAACGAAAAAUCACUGGUCAAAGCAAGAUGAAGACGAGUUCGAAAGAAAGAAAAUGGAGAAAAUGCAAGCCCUUUACAAAAAUGGCCCACCAAAGCCAUUGCCUCCUUCGGAACAUAAAAACUAUAGCAAUGUCUCCGUGCCUUCUAUAACCAACGAAAAUGAUGCUGGACCAAUGACAAUAUUAAGCUCCUAUUUCGGAGGUUUCAUCAUUGCAUUCAUCGCUUUGCUUUUGCUUUAA